AUGCUUUUUCAGGGCAGAUUGCCGCAGCAACUCCUGGGCACACAGGCCUGCAAACGCGAGGGGCGGAGCCGCGCCUGCGCGGGAACAGGUCCGAGCCACGCCUGCCGCCGGGAGAGGGCGCGGGAAGCCCCGCAGCCGCGCUCCACGUGCCGGAAGUCCGAGCGGGGCCUUCCGCCCAGGGGGCCGCCGCAGUGCCCUCCUCCCCGCCCGCCGGCCCAGCUCAGCGCCGCGCGCCCCCCAGCUCGUCCCGGCCCGAGUCACCCCUGCCGCGCCCCCGCCCCUCUCGGGCCCGCCCCCCUCCUGCCCUCCCUUCAUUCCACAGUGCGGCCUCGCUGUCCGCAGCGCACCUGGAGAGCCGGGCAGCUCGGCGACUUCGUCUUCUGCCGCGGGACUCGUGGCUUCCGGUUCUGCUGCAGAGUAAGAAGCGGCGACCGAACCAGAGCACCGGCACCAGCUACGACAGGCCGCCGUGGCUCCACACUGGAGCCCCCCCCCCUCCGCCCGCGCAAGGACGACCCCCGGCACGACCUCACCGAGGACAAGCCCAGCCUCGUCGUUCCCAUCAUCUGCGGGGCGGUGGCCGUCACGGUGCGUGGAGGCAUCUUCACCAAGCUGGGGCUGGAGAAAGCGCCCCGGCAGCAGAGGGAGCGCAGGUCCAGGUGGGCUGCCCCCCCCCCCUCCCCCGGUCGCCUUAUUCAUUAUGGAAGUCCCAGCGCCAGCAAGUCGCGGUAG